CCAUGAUUUGGAUACUUCAUUUCUUGUUUUCACCACUCCCAACACCAGCAUUGAUUGGCCUUAUUACUCUUGGAGCUACAAUUUUCUUAUGGGUAAUAACCAGACCAAAGACCAUUACACCUCCCAUUGACCUGAACAACCAGUCAAUAGGAAUUCAGGGAGGUGCCCGAAGAAGUACUUUCUUGCCAGAGAAAAAGCUGCUUAGUUAUUACUAUGAGGAUGCCAAAACUAUGUAUGAGGCCUUCCAAAGAGGACUCCAUGUGUCUGGAAAUGGACCAUGUUUGGGGUAUAGAAAACCAAAACAGCCAUAUCAGUGGUUGACUUACAAACAGGUGUCAGACAGAGCUGAAUACCUGGGAUCAGGGCUCUUGUUCAAAGGAUGUAAACCAUCACCAGACCAAUUUAUUGGCAUCUUUGCUCAAAAUAGACCAGAGUGGAUCAUUUCAGAAUAUGCCUGUUACACUUACUCAAUGGUCGCUGUUCCACUCUAUGACACUCUGGGGCCAGAUGCCAUUGCAUUUAUUAUUAACAAAGGUGACAUCUCCAUUGUGAUCUGUGACAAACCUGAAAAGGCACAAGUCCUGCUUGAAAACUGUGAGCAAGGGAAGAUCCCAGGUCUGAAGACCAUCAUUCUGAUGGAUCUCUUUGAUGAUGAGUUCAAAGAUAAAGGUGCCAAAGAAGGAGUUGAGAUCCUGUCGCUUCAGGAAGCUGAGGAGCUGGGCAGGAACAACUUAAGAGAACCUGUUCCUCCUAAACCUGAGGAUCUUAGUGUUGUCUGUUUCACCAGUGGAACAACAGGUAACCCAAAAGGAGCCAUGCUCACACAUGAAAACGUUGUUGCAAAUACUGCUGCUUUCCUUAAAAGUACAGAGACUACAUUUGACUGCAAGACUUCAGACAUCUCCAUGUCCUAUCUUCCUCUGGCUCACAUGUUUGAGAGAGUAGUACAGACUAUAAUGUACUCCAGCGGAGCAAGAGUGGGUUUCUUCCAAGGAGACAUUAGACUACUAACAGAUGACAUGAAAACCUUGAAGCCAACUAUGUUUCCAGCAGUACCAAGAUUGCUCAACAGGAUCUAUGACCAGAUACAAAGUGCUGCACAGAAUCCAUUGAAACGGGUUCUGUUAAGCUUUGCUAUAGCCAGAAAACUGGAUGAAGUGAAGAAGGGCAUUCUCCGAAAUGACAGCAUCUGGGACAAAAUGAUCUUUAAGAAAGUCCAGGAGACCAUGGGUGGGCAGGUGCGUAUAAUGGUAACAGCAGCUGCCCCCAUAUCUCCCUCUGUCCUGACACUUCUCAGAGGAGCAUUGGGAUGUCAGAUUUUUGAAGCCUAUGGUCAGACAGAAUGUGCAGCUGGCUGCACCUUCACUGUGCCUGGAGACUGUACAACAGGCCAUGUUGGAGCCCCUCUACCCUGCAAUAUUCUAAAACUAGAAGAUGUGGCUGACAUGAACUACUUCUCUUCCAAUAAUGAAGGAGAGGUCUGCAUUAAAGGAUCAAAUGUCUUCAAGGGUUACUUGAAGGAUCCUGAGAAAACAGCUGAAGCGAUUGACCAGGAUGGCUGGCUUCACACUGGAGACAUUGGGAAAUGGAUGCCAAAUGGAACUCUGAAGAUCAUUGACAGAAAGAAGAACAUCUUUAAGCUAGCACAAGGAGAGUACAUUGCACCAGAGAAGAUUGAAAACAUCUACAUCAGAAGUGCUCCUGUAGCCCAAGUUUUUGUACAUGGGGACAGUUUAAAGUCUUCUCUAGUGGGCGUAGUGGUUCCUGACCAUGAAGUACUUGCAAAAUUUGCAGCAAAACUUGGAAUAAAAGGUUCAUCUGAAGAAAUUUACAAAAAUUCAGUAUUGAAAAAAGCUAUUUUAGAAGACAUGGUCAAAGUAGGAAGAGAAGCUGGCCUUAAGUCCUUUGAACAAGUAAAAGACAUCUACAUUCAUCCAAAGAUGUUCACUAUUGAACAGGGACUCCUGACUCCAACCCUGAAGGCAAAGAGAACAGAACUCUCUAAAUACUUUCAGACUCAACUUGAAGCCCUCUAUGCAAAUAUGCAGGAAUAAUAGGGUGGCAUAUCUAAACACCUUGAAAUUUCUUUGGAAUACCAAAGCACUCCCCAGGACAGUAAGUCACCUGCUGAGAAAGAUUUGAAUAGAGGAGCAAGAGGAAUCUUAACAGGAAGAUGAUACGUUUAUACUUGCCAAUUUUAUGCCAUGGCUUGGACUUCAUCAUAAUGAUGAGCGUAAGCUAUUGUGUUCCAGUUUCCUCAUCUCUGGAAUAGGCACAAGACUCCAAGUAAGGUGGAAGCUCUUGCUUUCAGACUGAAGCACACUGAUCUCUAAAAUGUGCUUAUGAAGCAAAUGGGCAGGUUCUACUAAGCUUCAUUCUUUGUCAAAAAGUGGUGGUCACGCUCCAUGCCCUCCACUUAUUAAACUGAAAUUGUCAUUGGCUGGAAGACUGACCUUCGUUCAUAGUUCCUCCAGCACUUUCUUAAGCCUGAAAUUAUUCAUAUUCUGCUUCAGCUGCC